AUGUUUAAUUAUUAUAACUAAAAAGAAAAAAAUGCAGUGGAAUCUUUAUUGAAUUUGGGUAUUACUGAGGAAUCACUGCAUGAAAUUGAUUACGACAAGGAAAUUAAAAAACUAUUAAGAAGAACUUAAUCGAAUUCAUUAGCUGAUGCCAGAAAAAUAAUUAUAAAUUUAACUCAGUCUAACUUAUCUCCUCCACACAAUCCUUUAAGCAAAUUAAAUAGUCCAAUUAACGAUUCUAGAUGUAGAACUGAAUUGAGAACCAUCUCACUUUACAAGCCUUAAGAUAAAAUCCUUAAUCCAUUAAUUUAGUAACAUAAAUUUGUAAUUACAUAAGUCAAAACCAACAGAAUUAGACAUUCAUCUGAAUAUAAGACUGUCUAAGUUUAAACUGUGUAAGUUGCUUAAACUAUGCAAGAAUUUAACUUUAAUUUCGUUGAAAAGAAUUCUAAUUUGGAAUCCAAAAAAUUUACGAAAUCAUUGCCUAAAUAUUUCUUAAGAUUUAAAAAAAGAUAACAUUGA